CAAAGGCCCAAAAAGUAGCCCAAAUCCAUACCUUGGCUAAUUUGGCUGGAAACCAGCCAACUUGGCAACCCUGUAUCCUCCUGCCUGCAAUGACAUUCAGGGGCUUGCCGCCAUGUAACAUCAUGCCUCAGCUUCCCUCCAUUUUUUGCAAGGGCUUCAGAAUGUUAGAGGCGCUAGCAUAACUGACAUCGCAGGGAAGAGGAUGAAUGGGGAAGGUGGGACCUGUCGGGGCGGCAAAAAAUAAAAGGGGAUCACAUUCACAAAACUGCUACAAGUAAUACUAGAGGCACAAUAAGGAUUUCUUAGUAACACAUAGAUUUUAGAAGGGGUGAAAGCAGGGUGCACUUUUGAUUUUCAGACAGAUGUCCUAAAACGUACACCAUACACUGAAGGGCGUGACACCUUCCUUGGUGAUAGAUCGGGAAUACAGGUCCUGUGUGGGUGCCGAGCGACUAGGUAGGAGAAAGCGAAAGGCAGGAAUCUGAUGAGAUCCUGUGUAGGGCAAGGAGGAAGAGGAGGAUCCGAGUAGUAGUGGGGAGAGGAAGGUGUCAGCAAGGCAGCUCAUCUAGUCAGUGAGAGGAGCGCAGCUAUAUGUGUGCGUGUCUUCUUCCACUCGUGAAAGUGUAAGAGCAGUAGCGUCGCUUAUCCAGCAAUCCCAUACAACUAGCUAGCGCCAUGUCUUACUAUCAGCAGCAGCACCAGCACCGGCCCCCAGGGAACACCAUGCCUGACCAGUCAUUCUUAUGGAACGUCUUCCAAAGAGUGGACAGAGACAGAAGUGGUGUUAUAUCUGACACAGAACUUCAGCAAGCCCUGUCAAAUGGAACAUGGACACCAUUUAAUCCUGCAACUGUGAAUUCUAUCAUAUCCAUGUUUGACAGGGACCACAAGGACGGUGUGAACUUUAAUGAAUUUUCAGGCGUCUGGAAAUAUGUUACAGACUGGCAGAACAUAUUCCGAACAUAUGACCGAGACAAUUCCGGGCUGAUUGAUAAAAGUGAACUAAAGCAAGCUCUGUCAGGUUUUGGUUAUCGUCUUUCAGAUCAGUUUAAUGAUGUCCUCAUUAGAAAAUUUGACAGGCAAAGGAGAGGGCAAGUAGCCUUUGAUGACUUCAUUCAGUGCUGCAUUGUCCUGCAGAGACUGACUGAUGUUUUCAGGCGUUAUGACAGUGAUCAAGAUGGCUGGAUACAAGUAUCUUAUGAGCAAUAUCUUACAAUGAUCUUUAGUGUUGUAUGAUGCCAUAACACUGACCCUUGCCAGUAAAGAGACUGGGCUUUCCAAUUUUUAUCAGAUUACAGCACCUUUCUGGAAUCAUCUGCUAUUACCAUCCCCCCUCUCCAUUUUUGGAUAAAUUAAAAACUGUAUAUAGGGAUAACUUAACAUUGUAUAAAUAGAAUAUUAACAUUGACAUAUUAUUUACAGGAAACUCCUUAUUAUAGCAAGUUUUCUCAAUGUGCCAGGAGACGCAAUAUACUUUUCGUUCUAAUAGUUUUAUUUAGCUUUUUAAACUGAAUUAAAUGCCAUACAGUAAAUCCUUGUACUUAAUCUCAGCUAGGCUGGAUAUGAUCACACGUACCUAAAUUUGCACAGUAACUUCAUACAAGCUACCCUAAAAUGUACUGUAUACUGUUUAACAGCAGCUAUAAAAUAAAACAGUUUCCACUUCCAAAACAAUUUAAUUUGUUUUGAGGAUUUUCUUUUUUAAUUUUUAGGAUAUGGUAGGUCUUCCAAACAAGCUAAAGCAGAUAUGUCCUGACAAAGGCUUACCUGGGAAAGCUGAAGGUAUUGCAGGAAUUGCAUCUCAUGAUAUAAGUUGUUUUACUUAUCUCUCAAUAUGGCUUAGUGUUUAGGUUUUAAACAGGAACAUAUUAUCUUUGUAAACAAGUGGAAUGUCACAUACCCCCUGAUGCAGGGGACCAGACCGACAUCAUGGGCUUUUCGUAUCGUGUGGAAAAAAGUCUUCCGACAUUAAGUAACUUUGUUUGUGAGACACCAUUUUUAUCAGCCAGGAGCCACUGACUGCUGUGAUUUUGAGAAGGAACUUUCCAACAGACCAGAUAUGCUAGUAAACCUGUUAAAUUCCAUCCAGCAUGAUGCAUACUGAUAAACAAUGAAACCCUGUAUUGCACAUUCUUUCAUAGUAGCUCCUCUUUAUAAUAAAUGUUUUGUUCAUACACACAAAAGAGCUGCUACCUCCCCAAUCCCUUACAAGAAAUACACCUUUAUUGUUUUUACAUCAAUAUACAGUAUAAACCGGUAGCCUAAAUAUAGUGUUUUCCAAUAACAGGUUCCUAACAUGGCCUUGUUAACAAGUUAAUUUGUAGUGCCUAAACUAUGACUGAAAUUGGCUAACCAGGAAAAAUGACUUGAAAGGACAUUUAGGGGCAGAUUUAUCACUCACUUGAUUCAUUCCCAUGGAAUUCAAUAAAUAUGCCUCUAAAAUCCCAUAGGAAUGAGCCAAGUGGUGGAUUUUUACUGUGGUGAGCUCUAAUGUUAUACAUUGCUAAAUCUGCCUCAGUAUCUCACAUGCCCCAUAUGUUUCUUGUAUGUUUCAACUGGAAUCUGGGCACCUACUUUGCACUGUUUGUUUAUCUUCAGCAAUCGAACAAUCAACCUUCAGGGACAGUAUUAGAAUGAUCCCAACUCAAACUACAGAAGGAAUCGUGGGACAGAAACUAGGAAAUGUUCAUGAAAUAUUCUAAGGGCUGAAGCUCUCCAAUUGGUUUUAUAUUAUAUUAUAUUUAUAUUAGUAGCUAAUGAGAUCCCAGUUACAAACUGGUUUUGCCCUCUUUAAUGUAGUGCAGAGUUUUCUUAUCAACAUGUGCAGAACCAGAGAAUUGGGAUCACGUAUUUGGUGUAAAUAAACUACUGGGUGGAAUAGAAACAGUAGUAUAUGUUAAAUGCAGCUGUAUAUGAAACAAAGCCAACUUGUUUGCUUUUUGUGAUGCUUAAGGUAAAACUAAUUCUCCAUAGGUACAAGUCGAAAAAAUAAAUAGGGUUCCAGAGGGCUCUCUUUUUAUAAUCCAAUGUAUAAAAAAUAAAUUUUCAUGUUUUUAUACUUCAUCUAAU